AUGAAAGUUUUUCUUUGUUUAUUCUUUGUAAUUUCCAUUGUUAUUGAUGAUAUUCAACAAGCUUUUCUUCUCUCAACAGACGCCAAUGCAAGUCUUAAAUGUGUUCCCAUCGAAGAUCAAGAUCAAGAUCCUUGUUCAUCUCUCCUCGCAGCUACUAGUGCUACAUACCAGAAUGGAUAUGAAAAUUUGGAGCGUCUCGAAGAACAAUGCACCGAAGAAUUAAAUAGCGAAUAUGCUUCUUUUGGCUGUGGCUAUACUUGGACGCAGACAUAUCUCAAUACUGUCAGAGAACUUGCAGAUUUAACAGGAUUUUCAUUUGGCGAAUAUUUUUCAUCUAUACAAUCUGAUGAAAGACCUGGCGACUUAGAUUGUCUUACUGGAAGUGACCGGAGUUUCUACAGAACAGCUUCAAAUGUUCAAAGGAGAUUAGACGGCAUUUUACAUAAUUUGGAUCCUCAGUAA